AAUGUGAAGGAAGUGAUGGGACAAACUAAGCUCCUGGAUGGGUUAGGGAACUUGCCCUGGUAUAGGGUACCAAAAGACGCGCCCCGCGUUCUUGGGAGAGGAAGAACAGGAGGCUGCGAUGAGCGCAUCGGUGUCCGGCAGGUGGCGCCGCAGAUCCGAGGCCUUCCGAGGCGGCGCGAGGUCACGCAGCUUCUCUUCCUUCCGCCUGGGCAGCACACGCGACCCUGCUCUGCGUACACCUGUGCGCCCUGGGCACGAUCCCAGUCCCCACUGCGCUGUGCGCCAUGGUUCUCCCCGCGGCCCGGACCCGCGGCUUGGUGGCAGCAGCCAAAGCGGCCCAGAGGCGCCGCCGGGUGGACAGUGUGGGAGGGUCCCCAAGUCCUGAGCCCGCGAGCAGGCGCGCGGCGGUUUACGUGCACUGGCCAUAUUGUGAGAAGCGAUGCAGUUACUGUAACUUCAAUAAAUACAUCCCUCGCGGCGUGGAGGAGGCUGCCAUGCGGAACUGUCUGGUCACUGAGGGUAGAGUCUGUGUUCUUUGGUGGGGGAACCCCCAGUCUGGCCAGUCCCCAUACUGUGGCUGCUGUUCUGGAGGCUGUGGCACAGAUAGCUCACCUGCCUGCAGACUCGGAAGUCACGCUGGAGGCUAAUCCCACUUCGUCCCCAGCCUCCAGGCUGGCAGAAUUUGGAGCAGCAGGAGUCAACAGGUUGUCCAUUGGCCUCCAGUCUCUAGACGACACUGAGCUGCAGCUGCUGGGGCGGACACACUCGACCAGCAGUGCUCUGCGGGCGCUGGCAGAAGCCCGGCGCCUCUUCCCUGGCCGUGUGUCCGUGGACUUGAUGCUGGGGCUGCCGGCACAGCAGGUGGGACCAUGGCUCCGGCAGCUGCAGGAACUGCUGCACCACUGUGACGACCAUCUCUCCCUCUACCAGCUGUCCCUGGAGCGGGGCACUGCACUCUUCGCCCAGGUGCAGCGGGGUGUUCUUCCUGCCCCUGACCCAGAGCUCGCCGCUGAGAUGUACCAGGAGGGUCGGGCGCUGCUCCGGGAGGCUGGCUUCCGCCAGUACGAGGUCUCCAACUUUGCCAGGAACGGGGCGCUCAGUACCCACAAUUGGACUUACUGGCAGUGCGGUCAAUACCUUGGCAUUGGGCCCGGGGCCCAUGGGCGAUUUACGCUUCAGGGGGCUGGAGGCCAUGCCCGGGAGGCUCGGAUCCAGACACUGGAACCAGACAACUGGAUGAAGGAAGUGAUGCUGUUUGGUCAUGGCACCCGGAAGCGUGUCCCCCUGGGCAAACUGGAGCUGCUGGAGGAGGUUUUGGCCAUGGGGCUACGUACUGACGUGGGGCUCACCCACCAGCACUGGCAGCAAUUUGAGCCCCCGUUGACCCUGUGGGACAUUUUUGGAGCAAACAAGGAAGUAAAGGAAUUACUGGAGCAGGAUCUAUUGCUGCUGGACCACAGAGGUCUCCGGUGUUCCUGGCAGGGUCUGGCUGUGUUGGAUUCUCUACUGCUGACCCUCCUGCCUCGACUCCAAGAGGCUUGGCACCAGACAACCCCAUCACCUGCACCAGGAGGAUGAGAAGAUGUUCCUGUAUCCCAGGGCAAUGCCAGGUGGACUUGGGGGUCUGGACCAGCACUACAGGCAUCUCUGCUGGCAGGUGCUAUCUCUGCUCCAAGUGGUCAUCGCCUGGCCCUGGGAUCCCCAGGGGUGUGGCUACAGUGAGGUGGGUGGGAAGAUAUUUGGCUGGGAAUUGGCAUCCCAUCCAGCUUUUCCAGACUCACCAGUGUAUCAGUGUAUGUUCCAUGACUGGGAAUUGUUCAUCGCCCAUAACAGAUUUUUUUUGUUUUUUUUUUUUUGGUGCUGGGGAUUGAACUCAGGGGUGCUUAACAACUGAGCCACAUCCCCAGGCCUUUUUAUUUAUUUUGAGUCAGGGUCUCACUAAGUUGCUAAGACUUGAACUUGUGAUUCUCCUGCCUCAGCCUCCCAUGCUGCUGGGAUUUCAGGCAUGCACCAGUGCACCUGGCUGUUUACAUUUUUGGUACCAAAUAAUGACCAGUGUUUGGAAAUCUUUCUGUAGGCAGUUGCCUCCCUGAGAGGCCUUCCCCUGUUGUGAGGUCCUGGACAGCUGUAUGAGUCAGAUCCUUUCCAGGUAUCUUAAACAAGAAGGGAUUAAAUAUGGAUAUGAGACAUUUAGAAAACCAUUGGGUUUUUAAGAGUCAAGGCCACUUGUUCCGUAGAAUGUCCCACAUUCUGGAUAUGCCUGAUUGUUUCCUAAGGAUUGAAUUCAGGUUGAAUAUUUUUAGCAAUACUGAUACUCGGUGUUGUGUAACUCAGGGUCCUUAAUGCUAGGCCAACCCACUAUCAGUAAUGCUAAUUUUGACCACUUAAUUAAGGGGAUGGAUGUUCUGUUUCUCCCAUGGAUAGAUACAGUUUUCCUUGAAAUUAAAUAAACAACAGAUGAUGUGUGAUAUCUUGAGACCAAUUGAAUAUCCUGUUCUCCAAUAAUCACUUGCUCAGUGAUUUUGGCAUCUACUGAUGAUCCUUGCCCAAAUCAGUUCUUAAUUUGGAAGUUGCAAAAUGUUAAUUUCUGACUGUCAUUCUUUCUACAUUCUUUAUCCAUUAAAAAAACCAAACUUUCCAUUUUAGUCAAA